CAUGUGACGAGGAUCCACUUUGUCGCAAUCCAUCCCGAUCCCCGGCGGGCGCAUGCUGUGGCAUUGUGGGCGUCAUGAACAUAAUGCGAGCGGAGUAAAUUACGGUGAGACACAGGACCAAGCAGCACUCAUGUCAGAUCAUCUGAAGCAAGACCACACUGUUUCUAUGGCGACGUCCUGCGGCUUGAGGAGCGCCAUGGGUGUAAACAAAUGUUUCAGUUUACUUUGGCUCACUCUCGGCACACAAGUGCACUGCUAUGCUGGUCCUCGGGCUCACGCUGAGGAGAAACUGCUGCAGGAUCUGUUUGUGCGUUACAACAAGCUCUCCAGGCCUGUGGAAAACUCAUCAGACACAGUGUUGGUCCACUUUGGUCUUUCUAUUGCUCAGCUUAUAGAUGUGGAUGAGAAGAACCAGAUGAUGACUACGAAUGUCUGGGUGAAACAAGAAUGGAACGAUUACAAGCUGCGCUGGAACCCGGAGGAAUAUGAGAAUGUUACCUCCAUCCGUAUUCCAUCAGAGAUCAUCUGGAGGCCCGACAUCGUCCUUUACAACAAUGCCGAUGGUGACUUUGCAGUCACCCACCUAACCAAGGCGCAUCUAUUCCACGACGGACGGAUCAAGUGGAUGCCACCGGCCAUCUACAAGUCUUCGUGCAGCAUCGACGUCACCUUUUUCCCCUUUGACCAACAAAGUUGCAAGAUGAAGUUUGGCUCUUGGACCUACGACCGAGCCAAGAUCGACCUUAUCAGCAUGGCCAGCGACGUGGAUCAGAUGGACUACUGGGAGAGCGGCGAGUGGGUCAUUAUGAACGCCGUGGGCAAGUACAACACCAAAAAGUACGAGUGCUGCACUGAGAUCUACGCAGACAUCACGUACUACUUCAUCAUCCGAAGGCUCCCGUUGUUCUACACCAUUAAUCUUAUCAUUCCCUGUCUCCUUAUCUCCUGUUUGACUGUGUUGGUGUUUUAUUUACCGUCCCAAUGCGGAGAGAAGAUCACCUUGUGUAUUUCCGUUUUAUUGUCCCUAACCGUGUUCCUGCUGUUGAUCACAGAGAUAAUACCGUCCACAUCCUUGGUGAUUCCGCUCAUUGGCGAAUACCUGCUGUUCACCAUGGUCUUUGUCACACUUUCAAUUAUAAUUACAGUCUUUGUUUUGAACGUCCACCACCGAUCACCUCAAACCCACGGAAUGCCGCAUUGGGUGCGAAGGGUCUUUUUGGACAUGGUGCCCCGGGUCCUUUUCAUGAAGCGGCCCCCCGGCACGGCCAAGCAACACUGCAAGAAAUUGAUUGAAAUGAUGCACCGCCCAACCAUAAUAUCAGCAACAGGCAACUCCCAGACCUUUUGGAUGGGUUUGGAAUCAGGGCUGACCCAAACAAUGCAGAAGGAGAAGAGCCUCCCAAAAACUCCACCCGACAGCCCAAAGAUCCGCGUCUGCUCCCCGUCUCCAUCCUCCUCCCCUCUCAAGGGAGUCAACCAGGAAGAUCCCCCAGUUAAGGCCAACAUUUUCUACCAGUCACCCACUAAACAGUAUUCAGGUCUCCAACGAGGACAAAACUCCUCCAUUUUGUCUUCGUCUCAACUUUCCUUACCCCCAACUUUGCCUCUCGGGCCCCUUCGCAACCUUUCCAACGAAGACGUGAAUAAAUUGUUCUUAAAUGGCCGCUCGCUCAGCGUGGAGCAAAUGUGUGACCUGCAGAGGGAGCUCCCCCUGAGAGCUGCACGACGGUGUCACUCGGGCGGCUAUCAGUCCUGCUGCCUGCACAACGACUGGCCGGAGAAAUGGAUUGGGACUGCAGACCAAACAAAACAACGAGCCUCGACAAACUGCCUUACAGAUACCCUCAAAGCAGAGCCUGCUAAAGACCCAAGAAGCCAACAAGAAGCUGUGAUCCAUUGCUUGUCUCCUGCUAUGCAACGAGCCAUUGAGGGAGUUCAAUACAUAGCUGAUCAUCUCAGGGCAGAGGACGACGACUUCUCAGUGAAAGAGGACUGGAAGUAUGUCGCCAUGGUCAUCGACAGAAUAUUCCUCUGGAUGUUUGUACUUGUGUGUAUACUUGGAUCAGUGGGACUCUUUCUCCCUCCUUGGCUGGCUGGAAUGAUCUGAAAUCUCCCCGCCCAAGAAAAGGGAAGACAGUUAUUUAACCUGUUUUAUUUAUUUAUUUAUUUGUUUAUUGUAUUUUUGACCAAGAAGCUUCAAGUGUUGUGUCCCAGAUUAACAUUGAGUCUAUGGACAAGGUUGAGGCGCCUAUAAUCAAUUCCUGAGAGCACAUAAAUACUUUAUAAGGUAGUGAAAACACCCCUUUGUACUUCUCUGUUUUGACAUUGAGCUUUGCAUCUCUAACUACUACUGCCUCUGUCACUUGAAUGUCACUCGGCAGGGUGCAGACCUCCUCCAAGGUUGAACAUUGCUAAUUUUGAUCACCUUCAUGGAGGCACACUUACUUGUAUCUGCCUAAAUGUAUCAUUAGGAUUGGUACGUUAUUCACUGAGAAGUCAAGGUAGCUAUUGAAAUCGCUUGCAUUUACAGAUGGGAAAAACAGUAUUAGUCAACUUUUCUCUAUAUUUUUAGGUGCUAAAUCUGCCCUCAUUUUUCAUAAUAUUAAUAAUAAUAAUAAAUAAUACUUUUACAAGCUUUUAUAGGUCAAACAAAAAUGUAAAAAAUGAAAAUAUCUCAAAAUCAAGAUGUGCUAGAAAAAAAAAGUAAAGACUUUUUUUUAGACAAGCGUCAGUCAACAAAUACGUUGGGGAAAAUUAAUUAAAUUAAAAUUAAUUAAAAUUUGCUGUGGAGCAGUGUCAUCAAUCAAUAAUUGUACAGUUAGAAUUCUGGCCCAUGAUGAAAAUGUCAAUGAAUCUUGAAGCAAUUUGGUUGCAACGAGGAGUGCUAGGGCUCAAGAAGAUCUUGACAAGCUAUGCUACUGUAACUUCCCCAGACAGCGUAAUUAUUCUCGGGACAACACCAGCACUCAAAUAGAUAAUCAGAAUAUUCAGAGUGGUAGUUGCCAUUCUAUUCAAAGUAUUUGAAAUAUUCUUUCAUUGAUUCAUUUUCCUCCACGGUCGAUCAAAGAAGUCGAUUUAAAUGCCCAUAGCCACAUGCUACGGUCACAAAAAGCGAAAUAAAACAACCUUGAAUCUGCAACAUUAUCCCCAAAACUUUUAUUGAAAUUUAAGUUAAAAAUGUGUAAAAAUAAAUAAAUUAAAAAGUUACACAUGAAAACAAUAAUAAUAAUAAUAACCAAUAAAACACAAAUGAAAGCGAUCUACCAUACCAACAAUCCCAUCGUGUUAUGGUUUGCACAGUAAAGCACUCUACUAAUAAUUGAUUGAACAUCAUAUUUCUUUGGAUACUGAUCAUUCAAAAAAUGUAACAUACAUUCGGAUUUUGUAAUAGUGAUGUGUGAGUGUGUUUGCUUUUGUGUACAUGUGUGAUCGUGUGUGUGUGUGUGUGUGUGUGUGUGUGUGUGUGUGUGUGUGUGUGUGUGUGUGUGUGUGUGUGUGUGAGAUAGAGAGAUGCAAUGUUGUUGCCUUGUUAGCAGUUGACUUAACACGUCUGUUAGAUUUGUUUCAAUCGUUUUAGUUUGACCUUUCACAGCCCUUGCGGUAAAUAAGGAGGAAUGCUGCACUGGCCCACUGUAGAUGUGAUGAAAUAAAAAGCUGGAUGAGUUUUUCCUCACAUGCCACUUGUGCUACUUGCCAAAUGACAAUGUUGAAACCGAUUUUCUUUCACUCCAAAGCCUCCACUGGAUCAAAAUACUGCAUGAAACGAUGUAUGAACAGUUUUGAGAUUUAAAGUGUGAGUAGAAGCCUCACAAGUCAGCUCCAAAUGAAAAAUACCGCCGAUAAUAUCCCAGCACAGUUGAUCAAGUUUGUUUAGCCGUCUAGUGAAGAGCCAAGGAUGAGGACAAAAUGUGUUAUUCAAGAAACCAAUCUUAAGAACCUUCGCUAAAUUGCAGGAAACACCACGGAUUGUGACUGGGAUGUUGUUUCUAUAACCUUGAAGUCUUGAUGGAAUGUUUACAGAUUGAAAUAUUCAAUGUACAAGAAUUUGACAGAAAAUGAAUUUCUUGUCAUAUGGAUACUUGGAAACCUUGUGUUGUAGAUUCAAAUCUCACAUCAACACUCUUCAGCUUUACACGCA